AAAAAUGCAUCAUGGCCGAUGGUCUUUAUGAGGUAGAAGAAAUAAUUGGAAGACGAAUUACAGUUACAGGAAAACAAGAAUUCUUAGUCCAUUGGAAAAAAUACAAAGUUCGAGAAAGCACUUGGGAACCUUUAGAAAAUAUCUGCUUAGGUAGUGCAGCAGAUUUCCUUCACAGAGCAUAUCCUAUUCCAGGAGUACGUCCAUCAGAGAUUUUACACCUUAAGCCAAAGUGCGCACAACCAGCAAAGCAACUUAAACUGAAAAAAUUAUCACAGAUGAAUCGAAGAAAGUUGAGAGGAAAAAAAGAAAUCCUUGAUGAAAUAAUGAAAGAAGAGGCCAAAGAACUUGAAAUGAAAAAAGAACAGAUGAAAGGAAAGAGGAGRAGAAGACAAAMGCAAACAGAAGAAAAUGAAGCUCGCUAUGUAUUGAAUGACGAGGGACAGGUGCCUGUGUUUAACGGUCAGAAGACACGAUCUUUAAGAUCGGCUGUUACUACUGUCCAUAACAACAACACUUUGAAAAAAUACAAAUCCUCCCCUAGGAAAAGCAAAGACAAAGCCUUGUUGGCUAUGGCCACAGCUUGCGUUACAAACAAUUACGAGUGGCCAGAUAGAGAUUUCUUAGAAGUGAAACAGCCUGCAAAAGUGGCACAUAUACGACAAAUUACAGAGACAAUAUCGAUUGUGAGGGAUGGUCACGUAACUAGAAUCUCGAUUUGUAAUGAGAGUAAAAAGAAUGCAUUCACUGUUGGAAUGUGUGAGCAAAUGGUAGAAGCACUUCGUAACGCAGCUAAGGAUGAUAGCGUUCAUGUUGUAGUUAUUACUGGAUCAAAUGGCGUAUUUUGUAGUGGGCUGGAUUAUAGCUGCGUUUUUGAUAAUUGUCAUAAUGGGCACCACAAGACUCCAGCCAAACUUCUAGUAGAAAAAUUCAAGUUGAUGAUGGAAAUGAUGAUCAAUUUUAACAAACCAUUAGUGGCAGCAGUCAAUGGAGAUUCUUUAGGCUGCGGGACUUCUAUGGUUGCUCUAUGUGAUAUAAUUUAUAUCAGCGAAAAGGCUAAUCUUCAAAUGGGUUUUGCCAAGUGGGGUCACACUCCCAUUGGAUGCUCUUCGUAUACACUGCCUCACCUGAUUGGACGAAUGAAGGCCUGCUCCAUGCUGUUACUUAAUGAAAGCAUGACAGCCAAAGAGUGUUGGGAAAGCGGGUUAGCAAUGGAAGUGUUUUCUUCAAAGGACUUUGCAGAAGAUGUCAGACAGAAGGUCAACAAUCUUGCAGCUAUGCCACCAAAGUGCAUUCAAGACACAAAAGAUCUACUCAGGCAGUACGACCAGCAAAUGCUGUAUGACGUCAAUGCCGAGGAAUGUAAAAUACUUGUCAAGUAUCUCAUUGAUGAGCAGGGGGUAGCUUCAAUGUCCAAACAGUGGGCUUUAGAUGUACUGGCUUGAUUCAUACAUUCUUCACACACAAAUGACUAUAGCUGUAGAUAAUUAUAUUUCUUUUCUUUAAGUUUUUUUUUUUACUUAAGGAUGGUAUAUUGCCUUUGAUUUUUACCAUUAAAAUUCUUUUUACAGUAGAGCAAACACACUGCAUGCAUAUCUGAUGAUUAAAGCAAAUAGAUAAUUAGUUAUUUUCACYUGACAGUGACAUAAAGUCAAAAAAAUAUGAAAUUUUACUCAUAAUGUUGAUUAGAUUGGUUGCUCUAAAAAAGGCUAGUGAAAAUCACUCUACUUUGUUGGUUUUAUUCUUGUUUAAGCAAACUAUUUUAGUUUUAUCAAAGUCAGUCAUCUUGCCUGUGGCAACCUUACUCAACGCACAAACUCUCAUUACUAUAAAAGUUCAUUUUGCCCAUUUUCUUGGAUUUGAAUAAUGAUGAUAGUAGAGUGAUCGCACUUAAUCCGUGCAACUGUACAAACUAAAUAAUACUAUUUAGUUGUAUUUAGUAAAUCGUGCA